GGUGCUAGUGUACCUCAGUCCAAGCACCUGAAAGUAUAUAUAGCAGUGGUGGCAGGUGAACGCACACUCUUUGCUGCCACCGCACGAUGAACAUCAAGGCGGUGUCCCUCCUAGCUGUGGUGGCAGCUGCCGCCGCCAUGCCACAGCAAUACGCCCAGCAGGCUCAGUACAACCCUUACUCCAGAGUGGCCUACAACCCAUACAAGUCACGCGACGCCAAGUACGAAUAUAAUUACGGACCGAGCCAGUACUUCAAGAGAGAAGCGAAUCCCACGAGCCCAGGACAAGGCGGCUCAGCCAACGUGUUCAAGGAAAAAGGUACCACUACUCAGGUGCAAGUUGUGGACAGCUACACCUCUCCCGCAGAGAAUAACUUCAAGAUUGAGACUGUUGACCCAGAACAUCGCCAGCAUCAGCACCAACAGCAGCACCAGCACCGCAUCCAUGACCAGCCCCACGACCAAGGCCAGCAAAAGCACCACCGUCAACAGCAGCACCACGACCAGCACCAGCACAACGACCAGCACCAGCACAACGACCAGCACGAGCGCCGCCCCCACAACCACGGCAGGUACCACCACGACAAGGAUGAGGCCUGUGACUACCUGUACGGCCCUGGCUACUACGACGCCUAUAACUUCUGGAAAGAGUCCAACGAAUCAGACGAAUCUGAUUCCAGUUCAGAGGAGUCUAAAUCCAAAGAGUCAAAAGAGCACAAGUCAGGUUCUCACGAGUCACAUGAGUCCAAAUCCAGCUCUCAUGAGUCAGACGAGUCCAAAUCAGGUUCUCAUGAGUCAGAUGAGUCCAAAUCCGGUUCUCAUGAGUCAAAGGAGUCGAAAUCCGGUUCUCAUGAGUCAAAGGAGUCGAAAUCCGGUUCUCAUGAGUCAAAGGAGUCGAAAUCCGGUUCUCAUGAAUCAAAGGAGUCGAAAUCCGGUUCUCAUGAGUCAAAGGAGUCCAAAUCCGGUUCUCAUGAGUCAAAGGAGUCCAAAUCCGGAUCCCAUGAGUCAGACGAGUCAGAAUCAGGUUCCCAUGAGUCCACAUCCAGUUCUCACGAGCACCAUUCUAAGACGAAAAAGGAGAAGAAGACAAAAUACAAGCUCGGUGCUCGUCAGUCUGGUGAGUCCACGUCCUUCUACCUGCCGCUGUACGGCUUCCGACCCACCAACAACUACAAACACUCCAGUGACUCCAGCGAGUCUCACCACAGCUCAGAGGAGAAGAAUUCACACAAACACGGGUCGCCUUUCAUUGCAAGUUACAAACCUGAAAUAAAAUACAUGCCUGUGUAUAACUACGGCACAUAUUCAUAGGGGUCCCUGGCCUGCCUGGUUGACCCGGGCAUGGCGUUAUUGUUGUGGUGUCUCAUCAAGAAUGUCCUGUUCUUCACUUCGUGCUGCUGGUGCUACACUGGCUCUCUCUCGCUCAAACGUUAUACAUAUCCUUUAUAUUUUUAUAAUAAAUCUAAGAAAUUAAUAAAAUACUUCUGUUUAA